CUAAUACUGAAUUCGUCACACUGUUGUUGAAGACCGGGGGAUUUAGUUAAGUAGCGUAAAUGUUUCCAUGAUCAAGUAAAUUCGAAUUAUUAUAUACUAUAGGAAACACGUACGAUUUGGUGACAAUGGACCAAAGUGGUCACACUGUAUUGAUCAUAUUUUAACGCCAAAGAGUUUCUCCAUCAGCGUCGCUAUGGAAUCCUCAAGCGUCCUGCGAGACAAACUGCGGAAGAAGCGGCGAGCCUUUCAAGAAAGCUUGGUCAAAAUCAAACAUGAAGGGGACGACGAGCAGGCUCUUGUUCCGUCUUCCUCCAAUGUGAGCAAGGAGUCACUGCAAACAACAAUGGAGGAACCUCAAAGCAAUGACGAAGACCCUGGUGAGAUCCUCAAGCGCACUUUAAGGGCCCAGAGACAGAUCAGGAGGAAAAGGCUGCUCGAGCAGUCCUCGGCACGCGAGUCCCUUGGUGACAGUGGGGAGGAGGUCCCCAGAGGAUGGCCCCUCAGUGAAGACGAUGGAUUAGCCAAGAGGACGACACUUGGGUCUCUGAAAGGUCACACCACCAAAAGCCAAAAGAGUGGCGGCUCACAUCAGUUUGAUCGCUUUGUGACGCGCCGCUUGGAGGAGAAGCUGAGAGCGGCCAGGUCGCAAGGUGAGAGUCUUGAGCUCCAGGAGGCGUCCGAGGUGGCUGUCAGUCGCCUCCACAGUCUCCGAAACAGUCAGAUGCUCAUGAGGUUCGACAAAGAGGUCGAUUCCAAAGGUGAUGCAGCCGUCUUUAUCCCUCAAGCCAUCAGCACCAGUGUCAAGUUCCAGGAUGCUACCAGACAUGUGGGGAAGGACCGUCCCACCACUGAAGAGGCGUACAAUUUCUUCACAUUCAACUUUGAGCCAGAGCCAGAGGAAAGGCCCUUAACGGAGAGCAAGAAAAGUGUGAAGAAGAACAACGCAGAGAGCGGUGACGUCGGCGGAGAGGAGGCUGAGGAAGAUGUCCAGGAUGAAAAUGAAGACCGUAAUGAAGACAUUCCUCUCAUGCAAGACGGAGACGGGAACGCGUUCGUCAUUGACCGUACGCCCAAAGACUUCCUGGAAACAAGGCCGGCCGAGUACAUUGGGCUCCGAGCGCUUGCUUUGCGACACAGUGAUGUUCUGUCCACGCCCAGUUCUCAAACAGUGCCGACCUCAGCAAAACUCCCCGAAAAUGUGAAGCCUCGUUAUCUGGAGGACGAAGGUUUUUACGUGGGCGAGCGCCCCCCUGUGACGCUGACCAAUGAGAACAUUCUGGAGAACCGCAUUUUGAAAAUGGAGGAGGGAAGGAAGUGGUUUGGGGAUGACGGAAGGAUCAUUGCUCUGCCAGACCCCAUCAAAGAAUCUUCCACCAGACCUCCCCUCUUCCACGUGGAGGAAGAGCUGGACCCUGCUCUGCAAACUGUGUACAGGAAGGCACACCAGCCCAGCCACACGCAUCAGGCCUACACAGCAGGUGAAACAGACUCCGUGAGAGACUACCAGCUCGACGUCGACGUGUCUGGUCUCAUCUUCUCUCAUCACCCGCUCUUCAGUCGGGAACACGUCCAGGGGGCCCGUCUAGCCCAGUUGUACGACCAGUACCUCACCAGGCAGCGAAACAACCUCACGGAGCACCUCACGGACAAGUUGAAUGGGCUGAGGAACACCAUGAGAAACAUGCUGGAGAUCCACAGCGAGCAGAGCCUUUCUCAGGCCAUGCAGCAAAGGAUUGUAGAAUACAGCCUGGAGGUCAAGAGCACACGGCAGCUGCGAGACAGCGAGCAAGAAAAGGACCGAGCUUUGCUGAAGAACCUGGUCAAAGUGUGGAAGGAAAUGAAGUCUCUGAGAGAGUUCCAGAGGUUUACCAACACACCUUACAAGCUCUGCCUCAGAAGGGAGACUGUAGACCGGAUGACAGAUGAGCAGGAGUACGAGAAGGAAAUCAUGGCAGAGGUGUGGGAACUGGAGGCUGAAGGUGACGUGGACUACCAGAGGAAGCUGGGGGAGUACCAGCACCAGCUGGACCAGUGGAAGACCUGGAGGAGAAAACAGAGAGCCAAGAAGAAGAAGAAGAAGAAGAAAAAAGGACAACCACGAGAAGAAACAGAAGAAGAGGAACACGACCCAGAAGCCAGCGAAUCAGAGGGGCCCGUCGACGAAGAACCGGUAAAACCGGAGCCCCCAGUGAAGCUGGACGUUGAAGCUAUUGAGCAGCAGGUCAGGGAGAAGGCAGCCAAAAUACGCAGGAAACCCGGCGAGGCCAUCCUCAUUCCAGAGCUGUCUGCUUCUGGAAAGAUCUCUGGCACUGAACUCUGCCCCAGGGGUGAAAUGGCUCGAAGAGAGGAUGUUGCCAGACGCUCUGUUUUCAUCAAGAUCCUCUACAAUGACAAAGAAGUGUCUCAGACCAACAGCCGGACCCUCAACUCUGACUUUAAAGUGCACUUUGGCCAGAUAUUCAAUCUGAAGAUUACCAAUUGUCCCAGGAGCAUCACUUUGCAAGUGUUUGAGGAAGUGGGUUCGUCGUGCUCACUCCUUGCCCAAGUCUACGUGCCCGUGCCAUCUUCCUCAGUCGUGGCGGGCAGUGACGCCGUGGAGGAGUUUGAAUUUAGCAGCAACCAGAGAGUGAUGUUUGACCACGAGGGAGUGGGAAGUGAUGUCCCCCUCUCCUUUGCGGCUGACGGCAGCAACAGGGUGGUCCUCUUGACCUCCGGGAAGGUGUCUUGCUGCGUGGCCUGGGGGGUCAGCGAGGAUGACCUGCCGCUUGCACCUCCUGUGUCUCAGCAUCCCGGCAGUGCACUUGGUGGUGUGGGUCAUCCCGAAGCCGUCUACCAUAUUGGGCCGUCUGGGCUGUCUGACAUGAAGAAAAUAGGAGAAUGGGCCGUACAGUCUAGGCUGGACCCAAAUGAUCCUAAAAAUGCUUCCAUCAUGCAGCUCCUCAAGGUGGCCAGCAGCGGAGACGUGACGGCUCCCGACUACUUCCGGCUAGAGCAGCUGCAGGAGGAGUUCAACUUUGUGAGUGAUGAAGAUCUGGAGAAGUCCAGGCGAUUCCGUCUACUCACCCUCCGUAACCAGGAAGUGCCCGAGUUUCGCAAUUACAAGUGUGUCCCUGCUCAGGAGAGAGAGGUCCCAGAGAGAGUGUUCAAGGAGUACGAGAAGAGACUGAAGGAUGGAGAGAUCAUUGACACCAAAGAGCAUCUGGAUUCACACAGAGCCUUAGUCGCCAAAUACCUCCAGAUAAUCCGUGAAGCGGUCAUCCACCGAUUCCUCCUGGCCAGACAUCACUACCUGCUGUCUGACUUGGUGGUUGAGGAGGAGAUGCCAAGCAUUGGGAGAGCAAAUUUACUAAGAGGGCCUGAUCGGCAUCUUCGAGUUGAAAGGGAAAGGUUAGAUUACCAUGAGCUGUGGAGUCAGUGGCCAGUCAAAAUGAAUGACAGGGUGGAAAUAAAAAACAGGCUGAUGAUUCUCGGGCUCAACCUCUUCCACCUGGCUGAGCCCAAGCGCCCACUCAAGCCGCAGAGGAAGGAGAGGAAGAAGGUGACGGCGCAGAAUCUCUCUGACGGUGACAUCAAACUGCUGGUCAACAUCCUGCGAGCCUAUGACAUUCCCGUGCGCCGGCCUCAGAGCAGCAAAGCGGUCCAGACGUCACAGGGCGUCAUCCAGGCCAGCGACUGGCUCGUCAGCCAGGUCCAGGUGAGGCCAUUUGUGGAGGUGUCCUUCCAGCGCAGCGCUUACCAGACCACCACAGCUGAUGGCCCCAACCCCUGCUGGAACGAGGAGCUGCAGCUGCCGUUUAGUGCACCCAACGGGGACUACAGCAUCGCCAGCUUGCAGUCUGUGAAAGAUGAAGUCUUCAUCAACAUCUUUGAUGAGGUGCUCCAUGAAGUUGGAGUGGGAGACAAAGACAAAGGCAAAUUGGUGCACACUCGCGUGGAGAAGCACUGGUUGGGUUCUGUCAAGAUUCCUUUCAGCACCAUCUACUCCCAGUCCAGGAUUGAUGGAACCUUCAAAGUGAACACGCCAGCCGUGUUGCUAGGCUACAGCAAGGAGCACAGCCAUGGCAACAAUGGCGCCUAUGACACGCCUAUGCAGAGCCUCUGCGAGGGCGCCUUCAUCACGCUCUUCAUCACCAUCGAGCCCCAGCUGGUACCUGGAGAGUCCAUCAGGGAGAAGAUAAAGGAGCUGAAGUUUGACAGCCAGGAGGACGAGCGUCUGCUGCAGGCCUCGGAGAAGUUCGAGAGGUUGGCCGCCAACGACUUCCCGGGCCGACCGUGCACGACCACAGUCAUCGACCUCAACGGGAAGACGGUGUUCAUCACCAGGUACCUUCGCCCCCUCAACCCCCCACAGGAAAUACUGGACGCCUUCCCCGACAGCCCCCAGGAAGCCAUGGCUCAGAUCACCCGUUUUGUGUCGCUGAUCCCGUCUCUGCCAGACAGAGUUUCCUUUGCGGGUAUUUGUGACCUGUGGAGCACCUGUGAUCAAUUCCUGACGUUGCUGGCGGGCGAUGAGGAGGAGCACGCCGUCUUAUUGUGCAACUACUUCCUGUACCUGGGCAAGAAGGCGUGGCUGAUCAUUGGCACUGCCGUACCAGAGGGCCCCACCGCCUAUGUGCUGACGCUGGAGCAAGGCCGCUACCUGAUCUGGAACCCCAGCAGCGGUCAGUACUACGGCCAGUAUGACAUCUUCUGCCCCCUGCAGGCCAUCGGCUGCCUGGUCGACGCCGACAACGUGUGGUUCAACAUUCAAGAGCACGUCUCCCCCAUGAGGAUCAGCUUUGAUGUCACCAGGAGCAAAUGGUGGAAGCCCUUUUUUACACGCUCUUUCCCCCACCCCGGAAUCUGCAGUGUGCAGCCAGAGGAACUGGUCUACAGGCGCUCUGAUAAAGCAACUGCAGCGGAACUUCAGGACAGGAUUGAGAAGACGCUAAGGGACAAGAUCAUGGCGUGGCGCCCCCAUCGGCCCACCCGUUGGAACCGCUACUGUACCACCGCACUCAAACAGUUCCUUCCCAAACUGGAGCUGGGCGGUGGGCGUGACGUGGGCGAGGAGCACCGCCACGAGCUGCACAGCCUGUUGGGAGACAACAGGAUUUCAGGAUUCCCACUGCAUAUGCCUUUCUCAGAGAUGGGCCCCAUCGUGGAGGCAGUGCACAGCACAGGCGUCCACACCAACCACUCAUCCAACGUGGAGUUCGCCUUGGCCGUGUAUGUGCACCCUUACCCCAAUAACGUUCUGUCCGUCUGGGUCUACUUGGCCUCGCUCGUACGGCCAUGACUCAGCAAGAAGGAACUUUGUGUCUGUGACGUACUUUUUAUUUGUUGUGUUUUUUUUCCCCAACACAAACCCAAGUGGGCGCUCUGACACAUUUGACUGUCAGCCAUUAAAAAGAACAAUUGAUGAGUGUUGUGG